AUGCCUUAUGUUUCAUCUAGCAGAGGAACAAAGAGAAAGAUGGCGAACAGUGUUGUAUUUUCUGAGCCUCCAUCCAAAGCUUCCAAAGUGACCCUGCUGAGCCCGUCCCUCCUCCUCCUGGAGAUCCCUGCUGACGCCAACACCAGCCUCCCAGUGUGGGAGGCUGUUAGAUCCCAGCAGCUGGACAUCACCUGGACUGUCAACCCCUACAGCAUCAGUGUUCAUUUAACCCCCGUGACCUCGGUGCAAGGCAAGGCCGCACCUUCCAGCAGGAGUGAAAGUGUCUCAGGCGGGGCAUUGACCUCGGCAUCUUCUUCCAGCGUCCCGUUGUCCAAGGUGGUCAUCCAGUCUGUCGGUCAGCAGAAUGCAACCUUCCAGAACACCUCCUCUGUCCUGCUCACCUUCUUUGAAAACAGCACUGGAUCGCCAGGGCAACCUCAGAAAAUACCCACAAACCAUACACCAGCCACCUCCCUCCUCGUCUCCCUGCCUCUCAUCAUCACCCAACCACAGCCUCCCGUUCAAUCCAGCAUUCCUAUGAAGGAAGUGGUCCUACCCGCCAUCCAGACCCCAUCAGCCACCCACACCAACCUGCAGGCCCGCUCCAAAGUGCCCGUCCGGGCUUCCUUCCACACCAAGAGCUCCUCUCGCAUCCCGAUCUGUGACGACAUCCUCCUGAGUUUGUGUGACGCAGGGGAAAAGUGUGACAUGCACCACACUCCCUACCCGUUUCACUGGCAGCUGAGGUGUGUGACCAGCCAGCAGUGGAUCGACAUCCCCCCUCACGCUCAGAUCUUACUGGAGAGACACUACAGCAAUGUCUACCAGGACUGCGUUUCUAUCAAGGACGGGGAUGUCAGCUACAUUCUGGACUUUGACUUGAUGAAGCUGGACGAUUCUUCCAAGUAUGAUAGAGUCAGACGACUGACUAACUGCGACAGGCUGGUCAGGAACCAGUUCUCUCCCAGCAAAUGGAAGAUCUACUGGUGGAACACUUUCACCUGGGAAGAGUACAGCAAGAGCGCGUCUGCCCUCCUGCUGAAGAAGAUGAGUGAAAAGGAGCCCACGUGUUCCCUCAGCAUCCACUCACAGACCUACGAGGUGGACUUCAGCGCCAUGAUCCAGACCAACGUCAAAACAAGUUUCCGGAGAGAAGUUCGCUGCAGACCCGUCUACCAAUCCCUUGAUUCCAUCCAGCCUCACCUCCAGACAGGACUCCAGGCUGACGCCAGUGAUCCUCCGCUGGCCAACUUCAGUGUGGAUCCUCUGGAGGAGUUCAGCUCCUGGUAUCCUCCAGUGUGGUGUCUGGCCUCAGAAGAGGACUGCAGCCUGGUGGACGUUCCGGCAGGCACACGGGCUUACCAGAGUGUCAAAAACCUCUUCUACCAGAGCCUGCCCGAGACCGAGGUGGACGUCAUCGGCAUCCAGCAGGUCCAGAACCUCCUCCACUGGGACAAGUAUCAAAGGCAGAAGGCGCACAUGCAGAAGCAGCACACCAUGUCUGCGGGGCCUCUGGAGAGGCAUCUCUUCCACGGGACGACCAAAAAGGCCUCGAUGGACAUCUGCUACAACAACUUCGACCCUCGCCUGGCCGGCGUCAACGGAGCGUUCUGCGGUUUGGGCUCCUACUUCGCCACCAGCGCCUCCCUCUCCAACACGUACUCCGUCGAAGCUGGGCCGCAUGGGGUUUGCCACAUGUUCCUGGCCAAAGUCCUGGUGGGGAAGGUGAGUGCGGGAAAGUCCGAGUACCGCCGGCCGCCGCAGCUCAAGUCCAAGACGAAGAAGCACUGUCUGUACGACGCCUGCGUGGACUGCAUACACAAGCCCUCCAUGUUUGUAGUUUUUGACAGCUGUCAGUGCUACCCAUACUACCUCAUCAAGUACAAAGAGCUGCCCGAAGAGAUUAAAAUUUGA